GCUUUUUUUCAGACUCGCUCAAUAGCUUCCUAAAAAUAUUGCGUGGAAUGAUCUGCGAGCUUGAUUUAUUUAUCGGUAAUUUUCAUUUCCAAUUGAUUCGAGUUUAUCUUUAUUCUGCCCCAGAAGAGGGUCAUUGCUCACGAAGAUACCUAGGAUACUGCCAUUAUCAACAGUGAAUUUACCCUGUUGAGCUUGAAAGCCGAUACUUGAGCAGAUCCGUCUCCAUACAACAAGAGAAACAUUACCCUCGAUACAUAUCCUAAACAUGGCCGAGCAACGGGUCAACGUCCAUAUCCCCUCCCACCCAGCCGUCCUGGACAGCGUUCAGCUUCGCAACAUUCAACUUCCCUUGCCCGUUGCACCAGACCCAUGGCAUCGCGAUGGAAAGCCACAACCGUGCACCGUAUCACUGAAACUAUCCUACUCAUCCGCUAUCGCGGCCGCAGCUGCCGAUGACGUCUCCCUCUCCCUCGACUACGGCAAGCUCUACCGGCGCCUGGACGAAGACAUACGCAACAUGGGGAAACACAGCCUCUCCCCGAGUCAGCGGAUGGUCAGCGCAGACGGAAGCCGGAGAGACGAGAUGAUGCGCACAGAGAUCGGACUGGAUGUAAGGCUGACUGCGGGGAUUGUCGCGAACUGCGGCCUGGGGCUGCUCGAUGAGACGGCUGCUGGGAUCCGGAGAAUGUCGCAUGUCCAUGGCCAUGGCCAUCCGGGCUCGAGGAGAGGGAGUGCGUCGGCUGAGAUACAGCCGCCACUCGAGGGGCUGUCGUUGGCCAGUCCGCCCAUUGAUAGUGUGUUUGGGCAAUGCGAGGUCUGGUUGCAGCUGCCCAAGGCGCUGCUGCGUGCGGAGGAAGGCUUGAAGUAUCGGAGCGUCACUGUCUGGGGGUAUCGGCAGGGAGAUGAGAACGCAGCGCUUGACGCGGAACGUUGCCCUGUUGUUCUGGAGGAGGAGUUCCGGAUUGAUGGUAUCAGGUGCCAUUGUAUCCUCGGAGUGAAUUCCCACGAGAGGGUUGAGAAGCAGGCUGUUAUCAUCUCGUUGGAAUUCAAAGGCCCUGGGCAAUUGGCUUGGGGCUCGACGAUUGUUGAUACUUAUCAGGAGAUGACGAGAAGGGUUGCUGAGCAAGUGGAAGAGACCGCAUUCCAGACAGUGGAGGCACUGGCAACCUUCGUUGCACGCAUAGCCACCGUGCAGUUUGCCAACGAACGAGUCACAGUGAGGGUCGAGAAACCCAGCGCACUGUCCUUUGUGGAGAGAUCUGGGAUAGAAAUCACCCGCUCACAGGCAUUCUUCGAGAGAUCCGAUCUGGAAGGAGGAAGGCUUACUGUCAUCUUAGUUAGUGGGCACAUAUUGUGGACAAAUACCCAAGGAAAGUCGAUACCGAAACAACCUCUCUUUGUUCAACUGUAUGGAGGCUUCCUUACGCAUGUUUACUGUUUCUAUGACUUCGUGUUGGACCAGGUCCUUCUCAUCCUCGUUUAUCACAUCUGCCGUUCCUCUAUGUGCCUGUCUGCGCCCUCCCUGUCCUCGUCCGCUUCUAUCCGCUUUGCUGGCUGCCUUGCCGACUCUCACCCCUUGACCUUGAAUCGAACCUUCGGGCUUGCUUCCCGCGGAACUCUGGAGAAAUACGCGUUGUCUAAUAUUCAAGUUUUACCGGCUCCCCUGCUGUUCGACUUCUCGGUUGCCGAGAUUACCAGUGGGAGCGGUGCGUUCAGCUCUGGAUUUUUCGCGUUGAAGCAAAGCGUGCUUGUUGGCGCAUUUCCGAUCUCAUUGUUCGAAUCUUGCCGUCGCUGUCCUCGACCGGGAUCCUUUGCCGAAGACAUGGAUGCACCGAUGCAUGAUGAUCUUUCCGUGGGAGACGUCUUUGCACCCCAGGCGGACAUGUCGCAACCUCGUAACGAUGGCCUUCUCGACAAUAACCCUGAUAGUCGCUUUCGCAUGAGUGGUGGCAGUCCAACCCGCAAGCAAGUUCCGGUCACAAAGGAUGUCAAUGAAGUUAGUCCCUUUCCGGCCAAUCUCAACGUCGAGGCCUUGUCCGGCAGACCAAACCGUCGCAAAAAGAAGAAGAAAUAUCAGACAAGUGAAGCUCCCCGGGCCAUCUCCACCGUUCGCGGAUUUACUCCACUUGCCUCUGGCGACGAAGACUCGGAUUUCUCGACGACAAGUGCUAAGGCUCGUCCUUCGUCACAAGCACGCGCUCAUACGGAGAGCAAUGGAAACAGUCCCAUGGUCCAACCUGCCGGAUGUGGCGUGAGCGCUUUGAAGCUUCAACUCAAUUCGCUCAGCUUGUCCGGCAGCGGUAGCGCUCAGGCUGCGCGGGGUGACCUGUGCUUUGAAACUCCGAGCAAUGCAAGCGUUUGCUCGGACAGCGACCAGACAGAGGUCCUAACUAGUUACGAAGUACCCCUAGAGCAUGAUUUCGUCAGCUCCGAUGCCGCAGCGGAAGAAACGUCGGCGAGUCUCCCCGAUGCGCAGGACGUCCGCACUCAGCUGUGCCGCAAGAUGACAACCGCAGAUUUUGAGCCGCUGCUCUGCCUGGGCAAGGGCUCCUUCGGAACCGUUCUGCUUGUACGCCAUGCGCUCACGGGGAAGUUGUAUGCUCAGAAGCAGUUCCGUAAGGCAUCGCUCACCGUCCACAAGAAACUCGUGGAGCAGACCAAGACUGAACGCGCGAUUUUGGAAAGUGUGAACCGUCAUCCAUUUGUGGUGAAACUGUUCUACGCGUUUCAGGAUCACGAAAAGCUGUACCUCAUCCUGGAAUAUGCCCAGGGUGGUGAGCUGUUCCACCACUUGGCGAUGGAACGCAUGUUCGACGAAGAUGCCGCCGCAUUCUACAUGGCCGAAAUGGUUCUCGCUCUUGAACAUCUGCACCAGAAUGUGGGUGUGAUCUAUCGCGACCUCAAACCAGAGAACUGUCUCCUGGACCGCGAUGGCCAUCUGCUCCUGACCGACUUCGGCCUCAGCAAGAUCGCAGUCAACGAUGACGAUCGUUGCAACUCGUCCCUGGGCACCAUUGAGUACAUGGCUCCCGAAGUCGUUCAAGGCAAACCGUACGGCAAAGCCUGCGACUGGUGGUCUCUUGGCGCACUCGGCUACGAUCUACUCACCGGCUCCCCGCCCUUCAGGGCCAACAACAACGCUAAGCUGCAGGAGAAAAUCGUCAAGCAGAAGCUCACGCUGCCCUACUUCCUCGGUCCGGACGCCAAAGAUCUUCUCACCCGCCUGUUACGCAAGGAACCCGCUAAGCGACUCGGCUAUCACAUGCCAAAGGACCUGCAGACCAUCAAGAACCAUCGCUUCUUCCGCAAGAUUGACUGGAAGGCGCUCGAGCGCCGCGAGGUCGCUCCCCCUAUCCUCCCUGUCGUCACGGAUCCGGCUCUGGCGGAGAACUUCUCUGCCGACUUUACCGCCCUGCCGCUGAGUCCGGUCGUCACCAGCAAUGGGUUUGACGAUUAUUACUCUCUUCGCCGGCGCCCCAGCCAGCGUGCAAUGUCGACAGGUCCGGAUGGGAUGAGUUGUGACAAUGACCCGUUCGGUGGAUUCAGCUUUGUGGCUUCCAGCAGCUUACUUGACAAUAAUGGAGUUGGCGUUAUGACCCAAGGUUACUGA